GUUGUCUGAUGUUGCGGUGAGGUGCGCGAAGGAAGAAGAAAGAAAUGAGCGUAGUGAACGCUCUUCAGCUGCUGGCGGCGGCGUUGAUCCUUGCGGGUCACGUCCGUGCCGCCACCGAGUCCGUGUCGGUGAUCCCGCACGACGCCCAUCCCGGUUACAGCAUAAAGAAAUUCGACUCGGACCAUGCCCUGAACUACAAGCUGAUGGAGACUGGUUUCUCGCAGUUCUUCACCAUGCUUCAGGACGGCUCCAUAAUGACCAUCUCCGAUUUGAGUCCUCUGGUGAAUCGACCCAUAGAUCUGAUGGUGCUCGCCGAAGACGCGAAUCACACCACCACGACUCACAUGCUCGAGCUGUACGUGCUGGACAGGAGGAACAUGCUCAGCUUCAAGACGGACAGUCUGGAGAUCACCGGGAAAAUAGAGGAGAACGCUCCCAGGAGGACGAAAGUCUCCGGAGUGCCGAUGCUUCAAGCGGCUGCCGGUUUGAAUAUGCUUCCAAUCACUUAUAGUAUUAUCGGUGGGAACACGAAUCAAGCGUUCGAGCUGCAGCACAGCGAAUCGCAGGAGGUGAUGCCCAAUAUCACGGUGAAACAGAACAAUGCUGGUGUUUACGUGGUCACCUCACAACCUCUGGAUAGAGAAGACGUGGAUAGGUACGUCCUCACCAUUCAAGCAACCGAUUCUUCGGGCAUCAACAAAGCUGUGACCAACGUGGUGAUUGUCGUCGAAGAUGUUAACGAUAAUAGCCCGGUCUUUUCGCAAAAAGUGUACAGGUUCGUGGUUGGAGACGACUCGCUAGAUGGCGACAACGUGACGGUCAGCUGGAAACGCUUCUCCUUGAUCGGAAAGGUCGAAGCGACCGACGCCGACGGCGAUAAAGUCGCCUACCGCCUUGUAACACCCUCAAACUUCUUAGUCAUUGUCCCCCAGACCGGAGAUCUCCUUCUAACCGAAGAACCCAUCGAAGAAGUCGACCUAGAGUUGGUCGUGGAAGCCCACGAUUUAAGAGAUCCCAGUCGCAUUUCUCCACGUCCCGCCCAAGUCCUCUUCCAUUUCAAACCCAUCCCGAGCAAAGGUGAUUUGGACCUGGCUCUUCAGCAGCUCGAAUCCGCCGAGUUGCACAGGAUGAAACGCAGAGUUACCAGAGCGGUGCGACCCACGAAACGGAUAGAAUUCACGGAAUCCGAUGGAGAGACGGAGGGUCGCAACGUUUUCCAGCUGGAGAAGGAAACCGAUAGGGAAACGUUCAAGAUUCGCGACGAGAACGCCUGGGUCACCGUCGAACCCAACGGAGCGGUGCGCGUCAAGAAGAAGUGGGACUACGAGGAGCUGGGACCCGAGAAGACCAUCGAUUUUUGGGUCACGAUCACGAACGCCGAGAAAGGAGGAAUACGCUAUACUGAUAAUCAAAGAGUUAUAAUCCACGUGAGGGAUGUUAACGAUGAACCACCGUACUUCAUCAACAGACCUCUACCGAUGCAGGCCGUGGUGCAGCUGAACGCGCCUCCGAACACGCCCGUUUUCACCCUGCAGGCCCGUGACCCAGAUACAGAUCACAACAUCCACUACUUCAUCGUCCGCGACAGGACGGGAGGACGAUUCGAGGUGGACGAAAGAUCAGGAGUCGUGAGGACACGAGGCACCGAUCUCUUUCAGCUGGACAUGGAGUACGUCCUCUACGUGAAGGCGGAAGAUCAGAACGGACGCGUCGACGAACGCAGAUUCCAAUCCACACCCGAAGAACGACUGUCCAUCGUCGGUGGUAAAAGAGCACCGCAAUUUUACAUGCCCAGCUACGAAGCCGAAAUCCCCGAAAACCAGAAGAAAGACUCCGAUAUAAUUUCGGUGAAGGCGAAAUCGUUUGCGGAUCGCGAGAUUCGUUACACGUUGAAGGCGCAAGGUCAGGGUGCAGGAACGUUCAACAUUGGACCAACGUCUGGAAUAGUUAAGUUGGCGAAGGAGUUGGAUUUUGAAGAUCUGAGGCAACCUCAUGUUUACUCCCUUGUGGUCACAGCUACGGAAGAUUCUGGUGGAUUCUCUACGUCGGUUGAGUUGACGAUUAGAGUGACGGAUGUUAACGAUAACGCUCCGAAAUUCGAGUUACCGGAUUAUCAAGCUCACAACGUCGAUGAAGAUAUUCCACCGGGAACUAGUAUACUUAAGGUGAAAGCGAUGGAUUCGGAUAGCGGUGCUAAUGCUGAGAUUGAGUACAUGGUCUCUGAUGAUCAUUUCAGCGUCGAUCCUAAUGGUAUCAUCUCGAACAACAAGCAGCUGGAUGCUGAUAACAACAACGCUUAUUACGAAUUCGUUGUAACGGCUAAGGAUAAAGGGGAACCGGCUAAGACUGGAACUGCUACUGUUAGGGUUUACACUAAGAACAAGAACGAUGAGGAGCCUAAGUUCUCGCAACAAGUUUACACGCCUAACGUGGAUGAGAACGCUGGUUCUAAUACUUUGGUUACGACUGUGGUAGCCUCUGAUAAGGACGGUGAUAAUGUUAGGUUUGGUUUCGUUGGAGGCGGUGUCAGUUCGGGGCAAUUCGUCAUUGAAGAGAUCACCGGUGUGAUCAGGUUGCACGGAAAGUCCAUAUCUUUGGAUAGGGACAAGUACGAGUUGAACGUAACGGCUAUGGAUGAUGGUGCUUGCUGCGUCAACGGAGACGCCACGAUUCACACGAGCACAGCUGUCGUCGUCGUUUUCAUCACAGAUGUUAACGACAAUAAGCCGAUUUUUAAGGAUUGCGGCACUUAUUACCCCAAAGUCGAGGAGGGCGCGCCCAACGGUUCUCCUGUUAUCAAAGUUCACGCGACGGAUGAAGAUAAGGGCGUCAAUGGGCAGGUCAAGUACUCCAUCGUGCAGCAGCCCAAUCAGAAGGGAACCAAGUUCACGGUUGACGAAGAGACGGGAGAGGUCUCGACCAACAAGGUGUUCGAUCGAGAGGGAGACGAUGGAAAAUUCGUUUCCGUCACUGUCAAGGCCACGGAUCAGGGCGAACCUUCGCUCGAGGGCGUUUGCUCAUUCACCGUCGAAAUUACAGAUGUUAACGACAAUCCACCGCUCUUUGACAGACAGAAAUACGUGGAGAACGUGAAACAGGACGCGAGCAUCGGAACAAACAUCCUGCGCGUUUCCGCCUCAGACGAGGAUGCUGACAACAACGGAGCUAUAGUGUACACGCUGAACGCUGGCUCGAAUGCCGGAGACCUGGAGUACUUUGAGAUCCAGCCGGAGUCCGGCUGGAUCGUCUUGAAGAAACCUCUGGAUAGAGAAACGUACAAGUUGGAGGCCACGGCCCAAGACAAAGGGUACCCUCCACUGUCCCGAUCGGUGGAAGUUCAGAUCGAUGUUGUGGACCGCGCAAACAAUCCGCCCGUGUGGGACCACGUGGUCUACGGGCCGAUCUACAUAAGGGAGAACCUCCCGGUCGGGGCAAAGGUCGUGUCGGUGAAAGCCAGUUCCGGGAUCGAGAAUAACCCGACUGUGUUCUACCGCCUGAUGCCCGGGUCCACAGCGCAGACCAACAAGUACCACACGUUCUACCUGCAGCAGAGACCCGACAACGGAUUCACCUGGGCUGACAUCAAGGUCAAUCAUCCGCUGGAUUAUGAAACCAUAAAGGAGUACAACCUGACGAUCAGGGUUGAGAACAACGGAGCUCAACAGUUGGCGUCUGAGGCUACGGUUUACAUCAUGCUUGAGGAUGUUAACGAUGAGAUUCCGCUGUUCACUGAGCGCGAACAAGAGACUGUUCUCGAAGGCGAACCCAUCGGUACUAAAGUGACCCAAGUGAACGCCAUCGAUAAGGACGGAACCUUCCCCAAUAAUCAAGUGUACUAUUAUGUGGUGGAUUCGCCGAGGAACGAGGGCAAAGAUUACUUCGAAAUCAAUCAAGAGUCCGGAGAGGUCUUCACGAAAAUCGUCUUCGACAGGGAAAAGCAGGGGGCUUACGCUCUGGAGGUGGAGGCCAGGGAUGGAGCACCGUCCGCCCGACCGAACAGCGACAACCAACCCAAUUCAG